CGUGAUCAUGUGGCGGGUCAGCUGACAUCAGCAGAACCAGGAAGCGACUUGGAAAGGAUUUUUAUAUGUUAAUAUUUACUCACCGCAUGCAGGCGAUCAUUACUUCAUAUCUGUAACAUAAGUAGCGUUAGCGACGCGCGGUGUGAAGAUCAGCCACAGGCAUGUUUGCAACAGACGACGAGGACGGAGACUUUCUGUCUCCCACUGGAGGAGCAAAGUUAGCGUCUCUCUUUGGACUGGAUCAGACGGCAAACAAGGGAAAUGAGUCUUUCCAGUACACGGCUCCCAAACAGCCCCGCAAGAGCUCGGCCAACUCCGGACCCCCAAACCAAAAGUCAGCCCCUUCCCAGAAUCCUCCUGCUGUUCUCUUUGCAACUGCAGUACAUGCCUACAGAUAUGUUAACGGCCAGUAUGUGAAGCAAGGCAAGCUGGGAGCUGCGGUCCUCGGAAAUCACACAACUAAAGAGUACAAGAUCCUGCUGUAUGUCAGUCAACAGAAACCGGUGACGGCCGCCAGGAUCCACAGAGGCUUCAUCCUCACUGUCCAGCCCAGUAACUACUGCACGUUUUAUGAUGACCAGAGACAGAACUGGUCACUGAUGUUUGAAUCGGAGAAAGCAGCCACAGACUUUUCUAAAGAGGUUUGUCUCGCUAAAGUGAACUGUGGCGGCCCGCUAGACUCUGUCCUGACCCAGGAUCUUCUUCUCGGCGAGGGCCAGGCUGUGGAGAACGGAGACUCGUUGGAAGUGGCCUACACCGGCUGGCUGCUGCAAAACCACACCAUCGGACAGAUGUUUGACUCAAAUCUGAAUAAAGACAAACUGCUGCGGCUGAAGCUCGGGGCUGGGAAGGUGGUUAAGGGCUGGGAGGAGGGCAUGUUGAGCAUGCGGAAAGGUGGAAGGCGACUGAUGGUGAUUCCUCCCGGUCUCGCGUACGGAUCACAGGGCGUUGCCAACCGCGUGCCACCGGAUAGCACGCUAGUCUUCGAAGCGGAGAUCCGUCGGGUUAAGUUUGCAAAGGAUGGAAACCCGAGAGAUUCGGCGUCUCCUGCUCCCAGUGUUGAGAGUCUGGGCUCCUCUGAGCUGAACCAGUCCCUCGGUCCUGCUCCACAAACCAGCAAACCCAGUGAACCGCCUCUUCGAGCAAAAUCAAACUCCCUCAGUGAACAGCUGAGUAAUCCUGAUGCCACUAAAGCUAAACUGAUCUCACGCAUGGCCAAAAUGGGCCAGCCGAUGCUGCCCUUCAUCGCGGGCUCAUCUUCCUCUCCCUCACAGCCGGACUCCAGCGACUCCGAACUCGAGGACCCGAGUGUGUCAAGACGCAGGGAUCGCAACAGUGCUCCGUCACCACAGCCCGUGCACAUCACCUCCGCCCCCCCGCCGUCAGUGCAGGCCUCGGCCCUUUUGCCCGUUACGAUGGCGACAGCCAAUCCUCAGCCCAUGAUGCCGGGAGUCGUGCACGCCUUUCAGCCUGUGAGCCAGAUGUACCCCACGCAGACCGUGCCUUACCAAGGAACUAGUGAUGUCACAUCCUUCUUGAUGACAGAGGCUCGACAACACAACACUGAAAUCCGAUUGGCUGUUGGAAAAGUGGCAGACAAAAUGGACCACUUGUCCUCAAAGAUCGAUGACCUACAAAAGCAAGGCAGCGUUUCGUUGGGCUUAUCGAACGUGUCGAUGGAAACGGCCAUGAUCAUGCACAACAUUCAGAGAAUCAUACAGGAGAACGAGUGUCUGAAGAAAGAGGUGUUUGAGAAAAGCUCACGCAUAGAGGAACAGAACCGCAAGAUCAGCGAGCUCAUCAAUCAGAACCAGAGAUAUGUGGAGCAGAGUAACCUGAUGAUGGAGCAGAGAACCGACUCUCUGAAGAACAGCAGCGAACAGAAUCAGACCAGAAUACUGCAGGCAGAACAAGACAAGCAUGCACUGCCACUGGAAUUGAGUUGGGAUCAGGCGCGCUUGAGCGAGGAGUUGGCGUCCUCCACGGCGCGCGUGUCUGAGCUUCAGCUGGACUUGAGCUCGCAGCAGCAGAAGAUCACGGCUCUGCAGACCAAACUCAGCGCCGCCCUGCUGGACGCUCAGCAGCACAACACACACAUCGCAACGCUGGAGGCUCAGAUGCUGGAGCUGAGGGAGACGGCAGACAGAGUGCAGGGUCAAUACAAGAUGGAGAAGCAGAAACGUAAGGAGCUGGAGCUCAAACUCAACAACACAGAGGAAGAGCUGCAGGACAUGAAGACGGAGAAGGACAGUCUGGAACGAACUCUGUCAGAGAGGAAGCGUAAGUGGCAGGCCGAGAGACAGCGCUGUGAUGAAGAGCUGGAAGAGGUGAGGAGGACGAGCCAGCAGGAGAUGGAAAGUCUCCGGAGCCAGUUACGCAAAGCCAGGACGAGCACGGACCACGCAGCAGCAGAACAGCUGUCUCAGUUGCAGGCGGAUCUGGAGCAGGAGUGGCAGGUGAAGUGUGAUCAGACUCUGGCAGCGGCACGAGAACAGCACAGGAGAGAGACCACUGAACUCACUGAACACAGAGACACACUGCAGCUCAAACUCACACAGCUGCAGGAGAAGUUCAACACACUCCGGCAGUCGCGUGACUCCGAGGAGCAGCGUUCGCUACAGCAGGACCGCGACCAGGGAGACGAGCUGCAGGCCUGGAGACAGAAGUGCUGCGCGCUGGAGGAGAGAGUGGCGCUGAUGAUGAAGAUGCAGGAGGAGACGCGCGACUCGGAGAUGGAGAAGAAGACCGACACUGCAGGAGAGGUGAAGCGCGUGAUGAACGGAGUGUUUCAGUCUCUGCGAGGGGAGUUUGACCUGAACGAGACGUACGAAGGAAGUGCUGUUCUCCGAGUGCUGGUCAACACCAUCAAGAGUGUCACACUGCAGCUCCUCACGAAGACCGAGAGAUCGACACCUGAACACAGUGAGGAGGAGGAGGAGGAGAGAGAGAGCGAUGCGCGGCACAUGAACGGGCGGAGAGAGGAAGAUAAGCAGACGGACGGAGAUCCUGAGGAGGAAGGAAAGGAAAGAAAAGAAAAGGAACAGGUUUCAACAACAGAAGAGAAGGAGGAAGACGAAGCGGCGGAAAUCGAAAGUGAACAGGAAGUUGUCCAAGAAAGGAAUGAAGAGGAAGUUAAUCUCAGAAACGCAGAACGCAAUGUGCAAGAUCAGGACGGGGAAACCACACACGGAGAAGAGGCUGAACGUGAAGCCACACCCACACAGGAAGUGAGAACACAGCUGCCUGAUGACAUCACUCCACAGGAAGUGACCACAGAGCUGCCUGAUGACAUCACUCCACAGGAAGUGACCACAGAGCUGCCUGAUGACAUCACUCCACAGGAAGUGACCACAGAGCUGCCUGAUGACAUCACUCCACAAGAACAGGAAGUUAAGGUAGUUGAUGAGAGCGUUCCAGGACUGACGCUCGGCGGGCCGCCCAAGAACCCGCCGCCGCCCCCUGGUGGUCACGUCGCUCCUCCUGCACACGUCACCAGUCCGUCCGAGAGGGUAGAAGAGGAAAACGAAGAGGAACCGUUGUUCCAGAGUCCCGUCACACACACACCCACACCGGCAGCGGCCGAUGAAGAGGAGGAGGAGCUGAGUUUGAAAGGACGCCCCCCUCCCGCGCCUCUGUUCGGUGAUGAAAGUGAGGAUGAUGAUGACCUGGACUGGCUGGGCUGAUGGGACUUCUCUGAACACCAGUGUGUGAAGUCAGAUGAGGUCCAGCAAAGAGGACAAACGGACCCUGUGUGUGUGUGUGUGUGUGUGUGUGUGCCGAAUCGCUGGGGACUUUAAUUUGUGGGUUUGGAUGCUUCUAGAAGGAUUUUGUGAUCAAAGAACAGAGUAACUUCCUGUCCAAAAGCAUUUGAAUGAAGAUCUUAAUGGCGGUAUGAACCGAGGGCUGCUUACAAACUGAUUUACUGCACAUACAGCAAAAAGAAAAUCAUUGUUAAAUCUACAAAUACUGUAAAUCAUAAUGUUUUUUUUUUAUCUUAAUUUAUGAUCGUUUCCAUCUUUAAAACAGAGCUUUCAUGGUUAUUUCUGAUGACGUUAUCUUGCUGUCUCUGUUCUUAAUGUUUAUACAUUGUACU